AUGGACGCCCAGCGCGCUGAGGUGCGCGCCUUGGAGGCGGAGAUUGCGGCGCUGCAGCAAGCGUGCAGCGAGCUGCCGGCGCCCUGGGAAGGGACGGCCAGAGACCGAAAAUCAUUUCAAGAAACAUACCAAUCAGAUACUAAGAAAUGUGAAUCUUCAAAAGAUCUAAAAAGUCAGCUUGGACAUUUAAAAUCAGAACUUUCAUUUCUAAGUACACUAACUGGCUUCAAUAUAAGAAAUUAUGCCAAGCAGACAGAGGACCUAACAACGACUGAGAUGACAGAAAAAGGUAUAAAGAAAGUUCUACAGAGACACAGAUUAUCAGGAAAUUACCACAUGGUUACAUUUCAACUUGAAUUUCAAAUUCUAGAAAUUCAGACUAAGGAGAAUUUAUCUUCUGUCAUUACUGAGCUCAACAUAAUAAUGGAACCCACAGAAUAUUUAGAAUUAAGUGAAUUUGUAUCUAGAGCUGAAGAAAAAAGAGAUUUAUUCAUGUUCUUCCGAAGCCUACAUUUUUUUGUGGAGUGGUACAAGUGUCGUAAGCGCACAUUUAAACAUUUCAAGGAGAAGUACCCCGACACUGUGCACCUCUCGGAGGGGUCCUGCUCCAGCUGCAUGGAGAUCCGCAGCGCCAGGAGGCCAGGGUUUGAAUUGGUGAUUGUUUGGAGAAUACAGAUAGAUGAAGAAGGGAAGGUUUCACCAAAGCUGGACCUGCUCACCAAAGUCCCUCAACGAGCUCUGGAGCUGGACAAGAACAGAGUCCUAGAAACCGCCCCUCAGAGCUUCCGAACCCUGCUAGAAGUGCUUGGAAUUGAAGCCGCUCUAGAAAGCCUGAUAAAAUUACUUUGUGCAGAGAAUGACUAGUUCCCACACAGGGAAGGAACAAGAUGGUGCACCGAAAAGCGUGCGACCUAUAUUGACUCUAAGUGUACUAUCUACCUUCCCCUCAGAAACCACACCCUUAGCUGGAUGCAUUUGACACCUGCCUACCAUCCCAGCUACUUGGGAGGCAGAAGGAUCAAGUUUGAGUCCAGCCUCAGCAAUGUAGACCCUGUCUCCAAAGAAUAAACCAAUGCUGGGCACGUCGCUCAGUGGUAAAACGAUUGCCUGGCAUGCAUGAA